AGGUCGAUGGAAACUUCGGGGACUUCCAAAAAUGGGAGAAAUAGCGAGAAUUUUUACAUUCGCUGUUUGCCAGGGGAGAUCAAGCCACAGUUUAAAAAAGCAGUUAUCAACGUGUUUGAAGCGACCUCUAGUGUGCACUUCUCCACUGGUUAGCUGCGAUCGAAAUGCGCACACGCAGGACAUCACCAGGAACAUCAAACAUAUCAGCAACGACAAGAUCAAACUCUCUGUAGACCCUCAAACUAUGAAAUGUGCUGAACCAAUAAACAAACCCAUGUGUAUAAUGCUUAGCUGGUUACUAUCCAAACCAAAGCACGUGAUGAAGUACGCGGAGCUUUACUUAGAACAGGGCUAUGACGUCAUCUCCGUGUCCUGCACACCAUGGCAACUCAUGAGACCCAUGAACGGAGUAAAGGUAGUAGCGCGGGACCUAAUCAAGUUUAUGUAUCACAACGGUGACAAGUUCGUGGUGCAUGGCUUCUCUGUGGGAGGCUACGUGUGGUCAGAAGGUCUCGUCUAUGCUGUUAACGAUAAGAAAUUAUACCAGCCGGUGCUGGACCGUGUGGAGGCGCAGGUGUGGGACUCAGUGGCGGACCUGACUGCCGUCACUGUUGGGGUACCGUACGCGCUCUUCCCCAACAAUAAGUUCCUGCGUAGUACUUUGCAUUCCACUUUAGAAUUAUACUUGAAAGUAUUCAGUUCAGUGACAGCUCAGUACAAGCUUGCAUCUGACACGUAUUAUUCCACACCUUGCCGCGCACCCGGUCUCUUCCUGCUGUCCAGUAGCGACCCUGUCGGCGCAGAAACAAACAUCCAAAACGCUCAUGAUACAUGGCUGCAGAUGGGAAUCAAGUGCACCUGGAAGUGCUGGAAGAACUCUCCUCACGUGCUGCACUACAUGCACCAUCCAGAAGAGUACCGCGACCUGCUGCUAGCUCACCUGCGCGAACAUACAACAGUACUCCGCGAGAGAGCCUCUGAGAGACACCAUGACAGUAUCCAUGAAAAGAAACGAGCUACCGCCUAACUACUCUGUGAUAAUUUACUUCGUAUUUUUAUUAUUUAACUUCGACUUAAAUUCGGAUUUUUACUAAAUAAAAUCUAAUUUUAAAGAAAUUCAGACCAAUCCUUACGUAACUUUAAUUUAGGUUAAGGUUUGUGGUUAUGAAAAACUUAUAAAAACAUAUUUAGUAU